CUUCACAUCACUUUUCCACGUUUCUUUUUCCUUCUUCAUUCUUUACCAUACCAUGCAUACUCAAGCUGAAAAGAAGCAUCAACUGGAUGAUAUAUUAUCAGAUAAGGUGUCCAUUAUGGAAACCGAUGAUAUUGAUCAAACUUUGGAAGAAACUGAAGCUGAACCUGGUUUCUGUGUUGAAUGCAAAGAUCAACAGGCAGAUCUAUUUUGUACCCAAUGCGAUGAAAUAUUUUGUGAAGUUUGUUUCGGUAUGAUCCAUCGAACUGGUAAAAGAGUCAAUCAUACUUCAAAACCAUACAGCAAACAUACAAUCGGUCAUGAUGAUAAUCAAAUGGAUGAAGACUCUGAAACGAACGCAGAUACAGAAAAGUUGGAUACAGCUACAGGAACUACAACUGCUACUACAGCUACGAAAAAAGCGGAUUUCGAUAUAGGUGAAUGGAUGGAAAAUAGAGCCAAAUAUAUCCCUUUACGGUUACAAUUAGAAGAACGCAAAUAUCUACGACUACUAGAAGCUGCUCUCAAUGUGACCGAAUAUACUGACAAGAUUGAUGAUGUAUCUCAUACAGGCAAAGCAAAACGUACAGUGGCUCAAAUCAAAGAACUAUGUGCAGUAUUGACUGGUCUAGUAUUGGCUUGUGAUUAUAAACGUGGACAAGAACUCUUUGCUGAUAGAAGUUAUGAAGAAAAUGAAGAAUUCUUUCAAACCAUCUUUGAAAUUGGAAGAAGACAUAAAAUCAUGAAUCCUGAAAAAAUGCGAUCUGCGUAUGGGAAAUUGAUGUAUCUACUUUCAGAUUCUAUGAUUCCAGAAGUUCAAGAGAUGCUUGGAUUCAAUUGUGUGGUACCAAUCAAAACAGUGUAUAGCUAUUUGAAGGAACGCCAAGGGCUCAAGAUAUUACAUGAAGAAAUCACUUUAUUAGCAACUAUGGAAAUCAUUCCAGAUGGUAAACCUCGUUCUCAAAUUCAGGCAGAAAUCAAACGAAAAGAAAAGGCUAUCGAAUCCCUUAGUCGUAGAUACCAAUCCAAAUUAUUAUCAGCAGAUGAAAUCCGACAUUGUUUAUAUAGUAUUGGUGACAACAAUGCCUACUUACGGAGCAAUCGUGAUCCAUGUGAAAAGAUGCUUCGUUACCUAGAACGUUAUUUCCAUCCCACAAAACCAGAAGAAGAGUAUCCUCUUGGAAUUCAUGCUGGAGCUCAGGGUCAUAGACUUAGUCAUAAUCAUGAAACUCAAUACAUCUAUGUCAAUCAAACACUAAAGUUAUGGCGGGAAAUCCUUAAUGAUAUGUUCAAAUUAUGGAUGUUGGCGGAUCAAGAUAUACUAGGUGCAAAUAAUCCUUAUCGACUUACACAAACAGGUCAGGGACUUCAUCGAGUACAACCAUGUCCAGCAGUUUCCAGGGAAAUGCAUCGUACAUUAUUCAAGGCACAAAAAAAGGCAAAAACUUGGAUUGGUAGUAGCGUGAUUCAUUUAGGUGACAAGAAUGUACCAAAUGCUUUGAUGUUUAUUGAUAAGUACAAUCAAGUUUCACGUAUUCUUAGUCCAAUUUGCAUCACAUUGGACCAAUUGGAUGAUAUCUCGAAUAACGAUGGUCUGAAAAAGUAUAUUGAAAGAAAGUUUGGUGGCGUAGCUCAAUGCCGAAAGGAAAUCUUAGCGGAUUUCUUUAGAGGUGCUUUUGAUGGUUCAGGUGCGGAUAACUUUUAUGAUGCUGGUAGUUGUAUAGAUGGAAGAUUAACUUCUGCUUGGAAUUGGUGUUCCCAAAUUGAAAGCAAAUCUUAUUUCCCUGUAUUUCUGUUGGCUGGAUUUGUUGGAUUUGAUGGUGGCGGAUGGAAUUAGAAAUUCAUAGAUUCAUGGUUAGAUUUUUAUUGGAAAAUAAAGUUGUUGUUAUAUUAUUU